GUGUAGAGAGCGCAUGCGUGAGACUCCGCACCGGCCAGGAAACAGUGGUGGGGAAAGUUUUUCGCCCUCUUUGUUGUUACCGUGUCCCUUCUGUCACUGCACAGAACUAGACAUUUUUAACAAAUCAGGAUGAGGCGUGCGAGAAGUUCGAGAAACAAAAGUCAGUGUGCACAAGAAAGUGAAGAAGUGCGGUCUGAAACAGUGUGGCAGUGGAAAGGAGAUGAAGGACAGUGGGAACCAUACUCACCUUCAGACUGCGCCUUGUUGGACUCAGCCGUCUCUUCAGGAGAAACCUCCGUCACUCUGUCUCUGGGCUCUGGGAUGACCUACGAAGUCGACCUGAAGAAGAUGGUCCAGAUUAAUCCUGUGACCAAGUACAAGAGGAAGAUUCGCUCCCAGACAGUUAAACCAGAAGGUUCAAAUGAUGCCUGUGACUUAACAGCUCAAAAUGUGAAACCAGUUCAAGUUAAAAAGGAAGAGGAGACAGAAGAGCAACCUGCAGCUAAGAGGAAGAGAGGACAAAGCAAGAGUCAAACAAAAACCGAAGUAAUGCCCAAAGAGGAAAUAAAAGAGGUUGUGAAGACAGUGAUCAUGAAAGGAAAAGCUCCAGUGGAUGCUGAAUGCAAAGCCAAACUUGGAAAGGCUCAUGUUUACAGUGAAGGAAAUGAUGUUUACGAUGCGAUGCUCAACCAGACAAAUCUUCAGUUUAACAACAACAAAUACUACCUGCUCCAGCUGCUGGAAGACGACAACUCCAAGACUUACAGUGUGUGGUUGAGAUGGGGCAGAGUGGGAAAAGUGGGUCAAAACAGUCUGACAGCCUGUGGUGGAGACCUUUUAAAAGCCAAAGAUAUCUUCAAGAAAAAAUUCCAUGACAAGACCAAGAAUCAGUGGGCAGACCGAGCAAAUUUUGAGAAAGUACCUGGGAAAUAUGACAUGGUGUUCAUGGACUACAGCACGAAUAAAAAGGAAGAGAACGAGACCACAGUGGAUGCUGCGCCCAAAAAGAGGACCUCCAAGCUGGACGUGAAGAUCCAGUCUCUCCUGGAGCUCAUCUGUGACCUCAAAGCCAUGGAGGAGUGUGUGCUGGAGAUGAAGUUUGACACCCGGAAAGCUCCUCUCGGCAAACUGACCUCAGAGCAGAUUCAUGCAGGCUACUCGGCACUGAAGAAAAUCGAGGAUUGUUUGAAAAAGAAGGGCAGCAGUCGUGAUCUGCUGGAAGCAUGCAACCAGUUCUACACCCGCAUCCCCCAUGACUUCGGGUUGAAAACUCCUCCAAUCAUCCGUACAGAAGAUGAGCUGAAGGAAAAGAUUGCACUGUUGGAGGCUCUUAGUGAUAUUCAGAUUGCAGUGAAAAUGGUUCAGGCCAGUGAAAACAGUGAUGAACAUCCCCUGGACAGACAGUACAGAUCCCUCAAGUGCCAACUGCAGCCUGUUGACUCCAGCAGCCAUGAGUACAAGGUAAUAGAAAAGUAUCUACAGUCCACACACGCCCCCACCCAUUCUGACUACAACAUGACUGUCCUUGACAUUUUCUCGGUGGACAGAGACGGGGAGAGCAACAGCUUCCUCUCACAGUUACACAACAGGACUCUGUUGUGGCACGGUUCCCGUCUGUCUAACUGGGUCGGCAUCCUGAGUCAGGGGCUCCGAGUAGCCCCACCAGAAGCUCCCGUCACUGGUUACAUGUUUGGAAAAGGGAUUUAUUUUGCUGACAUGUCAUCAAAGAGUGCCAACUACUGCUUUGCCAAUCAAAACAAUGACACUGGACUGCUGCUACUGUGUGAGGUCGCUCUGGGUGACAGUAACGAGCUGCUGGAUGCCGACUACGAGGCAAACAAUCUGCCCGCUGGGAAACACAGCACCAAGGGCCUGGGACAGACUGGACCUGACCCCAAAAACUCUGUCACUCUGGAUGGUGUGACUGUGCCGAUGGGGCCGGGGGUGAAGACUGGGGUGGGUAAACAUAACAGCUACUCCCUCCUGUACAAUGAGUUCAUUGUUUACAACCCUGCCCAGACUCGCAUGAGGUACCUGCUGCGGGUCAAGUUCAACUACUCUUCACUGUGGUGAGGCUGUGCAAUCUGGAGAUUUCCAGGGGAAUUGCUCUCCAUGAAGUGGGGAUGAUACAUCACUCAGUCAUGUACAGUUAGAUGCUGUUCAGCUCUUGGAUCUGGGGAAUAGGAUGUUAAACCUGGCAACUAUUUUGAUAAUCAGUCAAUCGUUUUUUAUUUCUUAAGCAAAAAAUGCAAAAUAUUAUCUGGUUGUAGCUUUUCAAAUGUGAUGACAUUUUUCUACUUAUCAUAUCUGAUAUCCUUGGAGUUUGGUUGAAUAAAAAAAAAAAAAACAAUUUUCAUACAUACGUUUCAGCUGUGAAAGGUGAUAGCUAGCACUUUUCACAGAUAAUGAUAUUUUAUGGGCAAAACGAUUAAUCGAUUAGUUGUCAAAUUAAUCACCAAUUAUUUUGAUUUCGAUUAAUCGGUUUGAGUAAUUUUUUUUAGAAAAGACUGUCCAAAUACUUGCCUUCCAGUGUCUCAAAUGUAUAUGUUUACUGGUUUCUUUACUCCUUAAAGAACGUCAACUGAGUAUGUUAUGGUUUUGGACAUUUAAGGACGUGAAGGACAUUGUAACAUAGAUACAGUAAAAAGAAAAAUUUGCACUACUUUUCGUCCAUGAUGCUAAAUCUUGUGUAUGUUAUAAACACAAGUUGUACUGUAUUGCAUGUUACAUAUAGCAACAUUCUGUGCAUUUCGGUUUCUGCUUUGGUGCUUUAGGCAACACAAAAAGCCUUAUGGAUCUCCAGUAUCAGAUUUGCAGUCUCUUACUGAAAUGUCAUGAUUUGGAAGGUUCUCUUGGCAGGUUUGAAGCGAGCAUUUACACUGAAGAUGUACCAAAAUGUUAAUGAAUGUGUCUUGUUAAUUAAAUUGAAAGCCUUUAUUUGUAGGUGGGUUAAAGUGCAGUGUGUAACAAAAAAAAAUACAGAACAGCAAUUUUAUAAAUACAUUCAUGUCAAACUUCGACAAAGAUUCUGUCAAAGAUCUGAUGCUCAUUCAUUUAUUGUCACAUAAAACAGGAUGUAGCUUCAUUUUAUACAUGAUGAUAAUAUUAAUAAUAAUAAUAAAGGACAUUUUCUAUG